AUGGCUACAGUGACAUCGCCUCGUCGUGAAACAAAUGCUCGAUUACGGCAAAGUGGACCGUUAGAAACAGAUGGAUUCACUGUUAAAUCUCUCCUGAAAAAUGCUAAAGUAAACGCACCGCCUCGAGCUGAUGCAACGCGUAUUCGUAACAGCAAGCCAACCGCGUUCCGUAAGUUUUAUGAACGUGGUGAUUUUCCCAUAGCACUGGAACACGACACAAAAGGCAAUAAAAUCGCUUGGAAGGUCGAAAUUGAAAAACUUGAUUAUCAUCAUUAUCUACCACUGUUCUUUGAUGGUCUAUGUGAAAUCGACCAUCCUUGGGAUUUCUUCGCUCGACAAGGUAUUCAUGAUAUGCUUGAACAUGGUGGUAAUAAGAUUCUUCCUGUUAUUCCACAAUUGAUCGUGCCAAUUAAAAAUGCUUUGAACACCCGAAAUCAUAAAGUUAUUUGUACUACGUUGAAGAUCCUUCAACAGUUGGUUACUUCUGGUGACAUGAUUGGAGAAGCACUUGUUCCUUACUACCGUCAAAUUUUACCAAUCUUCAAUCUCUUCAAGAAUUGGAAUUCGAACUUAGGCGAUCAUAUUGAAUACGGUCAACAACGUCGUGAAAAUUUAGGAGAUUUGAUUAGCGAAACACUUGAAGCCUUCGAACGGCACGGCGGUGAAGAUGCCUUUAUUAAUAUCAAAUAUAUGAUUCCAACUUAUGAAUCCUGCAUGCUUAACUGA